GCCUCGAGUGAGAGUUAUGAACCUGCCUCUCGAUGUUGAAAUCCUCGGUUCGCCGUAGUCCAACAUGGUUUAGAGCACCAACCGAGGGUGGGCCUGAAAGCGCGUGCAUCGGGGAAGCGGGAAAUAUCGACACGCAUACAUACGCUAACGCUGGCGUGACCUGUGCACCUUUUCACUGCCAUGGAGUUUCCAUCUUCUUCCAGAUGAACGAUAGACUCAGUAACUCUGAGAGAAGUAUCCGGGUACGCCAUCCAGGGGCCUACGUCAUCCUCUUCCCAAGGAACCUCGAGCAAGUUAUCCGCGUGUACUUGGCAUCAGCACCAGCGAUCAUUUUCCAAAUAGCCGAGGGGAACAUCAUCAGCAUGUUCGGAAUCACUCACUCCAACAACACCAGGUUCGAUCAAGAAAGAACGAGUGAAUGCCGCUGCUUCCUGUCUUUGUGGAAUUCUAGCUUCAGGUGGUUCGACAAACCCUUCGACACAGUCUCAACAUCACCAAUACCUAUCACAACACUUUGACUCUAUUCCCUGAUGGGAUCCGUAUACAUGAGCAUAUUCGGAAUUAUCCGAGCCCCAUUUGUCAAAUAUCAUUCGGACCAGGGACACUUGUUGA